AUGAAUUCCAACCCCGAUAAUGUGUUCAACCUUACCGGAAGCACCAUCAACACCGUGACUACCUUGACUGUCCCCCGCAGUAAAUACAUUACUGCACGCCUUCUCGAACUUCGACAGCUGAUCGACAUCCACCAAGACGAUCUUCCGACACGGCGGAAAACCUACAAGAAGUAUCUGGAGCGCUAUCGGAAAGUGCGAUUCGAACUUUGCAGAGCAGCCUACGCAUCCACCGGACGCAGCAACCUCACCCCAUUUCAAUUAUCCUCAAAGGUUGAAGCUCUGGCGGAGAAGGAAUUGACGCUGCGGGAACUGGUCAAAAUGCUCUCGAGUAACUACGAAUGGAUGGUCGAAAAGGUUGGUGCCCUUAAGAAAGAGGAGGAGAGGUUGUCCAAAGAGUUGGGGGUGAUCAACAAAAAGCGGCAGGAAUCGAGAAGGCACAGCAUGGCGAGAAAACGGAGGGCCGAGGUGUUGAAAAAGGGGUCGGAGGAGUUCGCUCUGGCUGCCGGUGCUGCAGAAAUAGAGGGGAUCUUGUGA